AUGGCAGACAUGAGCAGGGGCAAGUUUGCUAGGCUGUGCGUUGAAGUUGAUCUAACCAAACCAUUACUGGGGAGAUAUCUAAUAAAUGGUAGGGAGUACCACAUUGAAUAUGAGGGUAUCCACCAUAUUUGUUUCACCUAUGGAAGAGUAGAUCAUGAUCAACAACACUAUCCAAACAAUAAGAGAAAGGAAGAAACAACAAAAAAGCAACAAGAGAAUCAAAGUGCUGAAGCUAUUACAGGUGUACAACAAGAAAACAACAGUAAAAAACAACAAGACAUGCAAAAAGAGAAAGCUAGCACAAGCAAGAAUGACACAGGAAAGCAAGUAAUUACUGAGAAUAAUAGUAGUUUUGGGGAAUGGAUGGUGGUCCAGAGGCUAAAAAGAGGAAAGAAAGGACAAAAAGAAGAUGUUAUCAGAAACAGAGAGGAAACAAGUAGACAAAGAGAAGUCCCACAAAUAAAAAGAAACCAAGGCAGAUUUGGCGUGCUACAUAUAGAGGAAAAUCCAAAAGCCCAAGGGCAAGGAAUUGAAGAACAAAGAGAACAAGAGAAAGACACACAAGGAAAAAGAGAGAAGGAACAACAAAACAAAAGCAAGGCAAAAGCACAAUUAGAACAAAAACAAAGUAAAAAGAGCAGUCAGCCUGCUCAAAAAGUAAAGGCCAAACAAAACAACACCAAGAACACAGAAAAGCAAGAACAAAGAAAUCAAGAACCAGAGCAAAAUCAAAAGAAAACAGGAGAACAAAGAGAGUCUACUACAAUGCAAAUUGAAAGGGUGAACCAUAACCACCAUGAAGAGAAUUGGAUGGAGGCAAAAUUGUCAACUCCAUCGUUCAUGGAGGAAGGGAUUGAACCUUCUAACCAAAACCAACAAAAGGAAGGAAGAUCCCCUGACCUUAUGGAAGCGGACAUAAUAGAAAAAGAAGAUAUAGUGAUGGAUUCCUUGGAAAAGGAGCCAAGCAUGAGGCUAAUUGAAGGGGUUGGACUACACCACACCAGAUAUGAGUAUAUUAGAGGAUGUAGACAUGCAGAUGCAUUGAUCUGCUCCAUGCUUUCUCUUUAG